AUGCAGAUAGGUGUAAACAAAAGCACAUUCUUCUCUCAUCCAGAACGGGGCAUCACGAGGGAAAAUUGCUAGCGAUGGAUGAAGUCAUAACCUAGACCGAAAUUUCACUCGCAAAAUAUUCUCAUUCGGUAUUUUCGGAAGGAGAGGAAACCAGUCUUUCUCCUAUUAUUAGCUAUGAAGUAGUGCUUAGCCGAGAAUGCAGAUCGUUUGCCGUCGCAGGAUCCGAUUUUCGUUUCUACCGCGUCAUUAGUUUCGAUCUGAGGUAGUUCCUGUGAUUCCAUCCAUCCCAGCGAAUCUGAAUUCAUCACAAAAGGUAUCCGAUGUAUUAAUUUAUAUUUCUGGACGAUGUCUUCAAAGUCCAUCCCGCGUUACAUAACAGUUGAAGGAAUCCGUUUUGCAGAAGGAUUCGAACCAAAUGCAAUUCGAUCUGCGCUAAACUAUCAACCUCGACCAUACGAUGUCUUCGUUGUAACGUAUCCAAAAUGUGGAACUACAUGGAUGAUGCAGAUUGUAUUGCUAAUUCUUCACGAAGGUCAACAGCCAGAAACUGCAGAGGAAUAUUUCUCCUGCACACCUUAUUUAGAGAUGUUAGGAGCUGAAGUAGUUGAAAAAAUGCCUCGACCAUCCCCAAUCCGUUCCCAUUUGCCAUUUGAUAUGAUCCCAUAUGCUAAACACGCGAAAUAUAUCUAUGUUGCAAGACAUCCAAAAGACUGUUGUAUUUCACUUUACCAUCAUACUAAAAUGUUUCCAGCUUAUGGUUUUACUGAUGGGUCUUUUGAUGACUUUUUUAAAAUUUUUAUUCGAGGAGAAACAGAUUACAAUGACUAUUUCGAUCAUUUACUCUCAUGGUAUGAGCAUAAAAAUGAUGAAAACAUAUUUUUCAUUACUUAUGAACAAUUAAAAGAUGAUACCAAGGGAGCAGUAUUACAAAUUGCCAACUUUCUGGGAACAAAAUAUGCUAAAUUACUGAAAGAGAAUUCCAGUAUUUUAGAAAACAUAUUACAUUACAGUAGCUUUAACUUUAUGAGACAGGAUACAUUUGCACUCUGGAAAGAUGCUCUGAAAAUAACACCUCAGGAACUAUCCGACGCAAAGCUACCAGCUGGGCUGAUUUCUUGGGCGGAGAGUGCAGUUGAUUCUCAUUAUGGGCAAAAAAGACUACCAAUUAAUGUUCGUGAUUUGAUGAGAAGAAGCAGCCUAUUUGAAUGGGAAACUAGACUGAAACCAGCACAAGAGCAAAAAUUAAAGAAAAGAAUUACAGAAAAAACUAGUGGUAGUGAUGUUAUGGAUUUAUGGAAAGAAUAGAAUUGAUCAUUUCUUUUUAAUUCUAUGUUUAAAGACCAUCGUAACUGAUACGAAAUAAAAUUAUAAACUCUUUAUCAAGAGAUGCUUUGCACAGGUUUCAACAGCAAGUAAAUUUCGAGAAACGAUGCAAAUAUAAUAAGCGUGAUGUAUUUAAUAAAACUAUUUUUAGCGAUCUU